AUGCCCUUCCUGUCAGGCUGUCUCUUUGAUGAGACGAGACACGGCGGAGAUCAGUCAGUCGCUCCAAAAACGGAGUUGUUUGUCGUGGGCGACGCCUUGCCAUUGUCAGAGUGUCAUGUCGGUGUAUGCACACACUCGCCCCAGGUUCUCUGUCGGAGCAAAUUGCGCGAAAUGAGCACAAAUACCCAGCCGAUUGGUUCCAACUCUCUACCGAGUGUUUCAGUUGCCAUCGUCUCGUGA